CAAGCCCGCCCUAUUGAAAUGUGUUCAUCUGAUUUUCUAAUGGGCGAAUGUUGACAGUGACUGCUGAAUAUAUGAAUAAAGUUGCCAAUAUUCAGUCUUGAACAUGUCACUAUUACUGGCAUUUUCUCCACCACCACCGGCAGAUUCUGUGACAGUAUGUGAAUUGAACAGUGAAUUAAUGUUUAAUGAGGCUGGAGAAGACGACAUUGCUGUUUAUUUACAAGGUAGUCGGAAACUUAAUUAUCCCAAGAUUGAAAUCACAUCUGACAGCUUACGACCCUCGUCAUCUCAAUUUUGUGCUAAGUCAGCAUUUUUAGAGCAUUCUGAGACUGUAUGGAAGCGAUCAAUGAGUGCUUGGUAUGAACGUGGUGUUACAGGAUUGCUAGAAGAAAUUGCUAACAGCAAAUCAGAGGUGUCACCAUGGUUAACUUCAGUAUCCUGUGGUUGCCUAGCAUUGGUGAGAUGGGCAAAUUCUCUUCAUGGAUCACUUUUUCCUCAUUUAGUGAUGUCAAGUGAAGAGAUGGUAAAUGUAUUCUCAUCAACAAGAGAUUGGUAUAAUUCCCCUGUGCGGUCGUUUGCUUGGCAUCCAUAUACUAUGAAAUUUGCAAUAGCUUGUAGAGAUGAUUCUAUAAGAAUACAUACUGGUAAAAGUGAAAUUGUUCCAGUGUGCAAACAUAAACUACAGAAAGGUAUUGCUAUGCUAGUCUGGAAGCCCUUAUCAGCAUCUGUUCUGGCUGUGGCUUGCCAUAGCUGCAUUCUAGUAUGGCAUAUUGAUCCCACUUCAGUUUCUACAAGGCCAUCCAGUAGCAGUGUUCAGAUAUUAAGUCAGACGAGUCAUAGUCCAGUAACCCAGAUAUGUUGGCAUCCUAGUGGUGAUUUGCUUCUCUCAGCUUCACCAACUGAUACAGCUAUGAUGGUCUGGAAUGUUGCCAUGGAAACUUGUGUUCCUUUACGUCGUCUUGGUGGGGGUGGCGUGUCACUAUUAAGGUGGUCGCCUGACGGUAGUAAAGUAUUUGCUGCCACACCAUCAUCAGUUUUCAGAGUUUGGGAAAGCCAGACAUGGUCAUGUGAAAGAUGGUCUAACCUGUCAGGUCGGUGUCAGUCAGCUUGCUGGAGUCCACUGGGAGAUAUUUUACUAUUUACAGUAACUGAGGAACCAGUCAUUUAUUCCUUGCCAUUUCAUGACUCCAACUCAACGAUUUUUGGAUCUAAUCAGACUGCUGUUAAUUGUGUAAAUCUUGCAGAAAUUACCAUGGAAACAGAGGAUGAGGAAAUAUGCAUUGGAGGCAGUAUACAGGAUAUGGCAUGGGAUCCCACAGGAGAAAGACUGGCUAUUCUAUUUUCUGGAAAACAAGAAAGCAACAAUACUGGCCACUUGGUGGCGCUGUUCAGAACAAGGAUCAAACCAGUGUUUGAAAUAAUGCCUUGCGGUUUUGUCAAAGGUCAUAAAGACGAUAUGCCACAGCUUGUUAGUUUUCAGCCAAAUUUCAACAAAGGUGCCUUGCUUACAAUCUGUUGGUUGAGUGGUCGUGUGUCCUUUGUUCCACUCUUUUUUGUACCUUCAAGUAAUGUCGCCAAUGAUAAACUGCCUGUUUACAGUGACUUCACUAAUGGAUCUACUUACCAACCACGUAUGUUCUCAUCACCACACUGAUAUUGGACUUAAUAAGAAACUAGAAUAUUUAUUCAAUGUGCUGCCUUUUGUAUGUUUUACACUCUGCUUCUUCCAUCUCGAUAAACAUUAUGAAACUCUAAUAUAACUAAUUUCAUUUCAGUAAUAUUUGGAAUUAUAAUUAAUAAAUAUGAUAGGUUAAUACAAA